AUGUGUGAUCUAUUUCAAGCUAAUCCAUGGAAACCAUUAUUAUGUACAAAUUGUCAUCAAAAUCGUUCAGGUCAUCAAAUAAUUGAUAUAAAUGAAAAUAAAUGUGAACAUUUAAUAUCAAAUAAAUCUAAGGAUUUACCAUCAUCAUCAUCAUCAAUGCAUCUUUAUGAAGAAAUUAUGGCACAAUAUUUUACAAUAAAUACAACAGAUAGAAAUACAUUACAAUCAACAUCUGUUAUUGAAUGUUUACCAACAUCGAAUGAAAAUAAUAAUAUUAAUAAUAAUAAUGAUGAUGAUGAUGAUGAUUCAUUUACUGAUGAAGAACAAGAUUUAAUAAAACAGACAACACCUAUUGAAUUUAUACAAAAUCAAUCCAUGAUUAAUACACAAGGUAUUGUUCUUAUUGGACCUGAUUUAAGAACAAAACAAAUAACAACAAAAAAACAAAAAAAAAUUAAUUUAUUAAAAAAAAGUAAAAGUAAUGCUGAUGAAUGUUUGAAAAAAACAGAUAUAACUGAUACUAAUAAUAAUAAUCAUAAUACAAUAUCAAAAUUAUGGUGGUUUAAAGUAAAAAAAUCAAAUCCAUCUCCAAUUGUUUCAAAUGAAUCAACGACUGAAUCAAAUAAAUCAAAUAUUUCAAGUCCAAUAUUGAAUAAUCAAAAUCCACAACCAAGAAUUCGUGUUUUACCUGAAAUCAAUAAACUAACAUUAAAUGAAGCCUUAAACAUUGCUCGACGUCAACAUUCAUUAUCUAAUCGUGAAUCAAAAUUAACUAUUAAUAAUAAACCAUAUCAUUUUCCAACUAUUUCAACUGUACAAUCUAAUUAUGGUUCAUCAAUUGCAUCAACAACAUCAUCAUCAACGCAAUCAAGUAAUGAAUAUGAUAGUAAUUUAUUAAAUAAUUCAACAAUGAAAGAAUCAACUUAUCUAACAGCUGUAUCACCUAUUGAAAAAAAUCUUUCACAAGUAACAAUAUUUGAUAAAACAAUUAAAUUAACGAUUGAACGUAUAACAUCUGAUCUUCGAAUAAUUAUUGAUGAAUAUAAACAUAAUCUUCCAGUAGCUCGUUUUCAAACAUUAAAAUCAUUUCUUCAUCAACAUCAAUUAUCAAAAAUUUUAACUAAUGAAUCAAUUUAUUUUUUACUUUUACAAAUUCUUGAUGAAUUUUCUCAUAAUUCAACUCAUACAAUAAUAACAUUUGAUCAUUUUCUUAUAGCUAGUCAUUCAACAAUACCUAUUAUUGUAACAACAACAUCAUCAGUUAUAAAUGAAUAUGAAACAAUUGAACAAUUUAUUAAAAAUUUAGCUAAUAAAUUAUUUGAUUCUUCAGCAUUACCAAUAUUUAAUAAUCUUUCAACAUUUGAAAAUAUAUCUUAUCGUUAUUUAUCUAAUCAAAUAUUUCAAUUUCCUAAUAUUGAUAUAGAUAAUAAUCUAUCAAUGCAGCGUAUUAAAUUACUUAAUCUAUUUUGGAAUAAAAUACAAUCAUUACGACAUAUUCAGAUAAAUGAAGAUAAUGAACGUGUCAUUUUUGCACUUUAUUAUCUUAUGAAAUAUAUUUGUCAGUCAGAUGAUCUUAUUUAA